ACGCAGCUUGAAUAUCGGCCUAGGAAACAUUUGACAUCGAUGACAUCCGCAUUCUAUAGCAAAUAGUGACAAUACGCAUAACGAUAAAGGCGAUGAAUAUAAACGUAGGAAAUAUACGAUGUUGUGGAAGAGAAAUAUAUCCAAGUUGAAAUAUAAAUAAAAUUAUUCGAGUGUAGUCAUCCAGUAAUAUUUCUUUUUAGUCAAUACUUAUUCGACAAUUUGAACAUAGACAAUAUUAUGAUACCUAGUCGAAGACGACAACAAGGCCUGCAGUACGGCAUUUAUUUGUUGUUUACACAGGCUAUAAAUAUUGGCAUUGAUAAAAUACCACCUGCUACUCUAAUUGGAGUCAUCCUACAGACUUUAUUGUAUGCUGGAUUGAUCCAAGUACCAUGGAAUGCAGAAGAAGUAUGCAUAUCAGCUGUGAAAAUAUUUAAAUACAAAAACUGGCGAUCUUUUUUCUUUUCAAAUUUUGAGCAUGGAUCUGACAUGCAUUUAUAUUAUAACAUGAUUUCUUUUAUUCUUAAAGGUUCCUAUUUGGAACCUAUCUAUGGAACAAUUAACUUUAUAUUUUUACUUUUUAUUUUAUCAACUGGAUGUAGCAUUAUGUAUGUAUCUCUAGCAUAUAUGUUGAUGCAGUUAACAGGAGAUUAUGGAUAUUAUACAACUUGUUCUAUCGGCUUCUCAGCAACUUUAUUUGCAUUGAAAGUAGUUGCUCUGUGCGAAGAACGAGAUAGAUUACAUAACAUCAAUGGAUUUCAAGUACCGAAUAAAUUAGCUGUAUGGGUUGAACUAAUAUUAAUACAUUUGUUAGUUCCAAAUUCUUCUUUCAUGGGUCAUUUGGCAGGAAUUUUAGUUGGAUGCUUAUAUUCUUAUACAUUUGUCGGAGAAAUGGUUGAUAAUAUGAUACAUGCAAUAACUGGCAAACCUAUUAUACAUCAGGAACAAUUUUACAGAAGACGAAAUACACUAUUCGCUUGAUAUAUUCCACACUAAAUCUUUAUUAAAAUUUGGUAUAUUAUUUUCUUAUCAUGUACCAAAUACUAACUUAAUAACUUAAUAGUUUAAUAAAAUUGUCUACAUAUUAUAUAUUUUUAUAUUUAUAUUAAGUUGUCUAUGUAUAGUAUGUAAUGUACAAAUAUUUUAAUGUUUUAUAUUGAGCAAAUUAAAAAAACUCUUUGUUAUGUAA